UUUCAGCUGCUGAAGUGCACUUGCUUAUAACCUCAAUUUUGAGACGUGAAGAAAGUAAACUUAAUUUUGUUUGUUUUGGCGGCUGAUAAAUGCCUCCAAAAUGAAGUUAUCAUAUUAGUAACUCGUAACAAAAAGUUUUCUCGCGAAAUCUUGCAACAAUGGCAAGCUUUUACAAAACAGUCGAUUCCCGCUCCAGUAUAAAUGGAACAAAGUUAAAAAAUAAUUUACCAUAUGUAUCAUCUGGAAUUCCAUCUCUGGACCAUGUUAUAGGUGGUGGUUUACCAACUGGAGCAGUUUUUGUUGUAGAGGAAGAUGUGCUUGGUAAUUAUAGCAGAGUCUUGAGCAAAUAUUUCCUAUCAGAAGGUGUUGUAUGCAAGCAUGACCUGUUUAUUGCAUCUGCAGAUGAUGACCCCAGAGAAUUUGUAAAGGAAUUGCCACAACCAUGUACAGCUCCUCCGGAGGAUGAAAUAAACAUAGCAGCAAGUGAUGUCAACAAAAUGAAGAUAGCCUGGAGGUAUGAGGGCCUCAAGGAGGUUGAAUCAUCAUUUGGGGACAAAACUAACUUUGGACAUCACUUUGAUCUGAGUCGACACUUAGAUUCUGAAACUAUUAAGAAUAAUAAUAUAACUUAUUGGAAUGUCAAGGACAGCUGUGCUGGUGUAAAAGGGUUCAAGAAUGAUAUCUACUUCAAACUUCUGACCAGUAUAAAAGAGGUUUUAUCUAAAGACACAUACAAGGUAUCAAGCAAGGAGAAUAACAAUAUUUUAAGGAUCAACAUCCAGUCUCUAGGCUCACCACCGUGGAUGAGUCUGGAUUGUGAAGAGGAAGACUCACAUAUGUUUGGGCAGGAUCUCCUUAAGUUUGUCUACUGCCUCAGAGUGUUGCUUCGAGGUACUACUGCAGUUGCCUUUAUCACUAUUCCAGCACAUCUUUUUGAUAGUGAAUCUCUAACAAAAAGGCUGCUCUAUUUAGUGGAUAAUGCAGUAAGAAUUGAAUCGUUUGCCGGAUCCUCCAAAGAGACUAAUCCUGUAUAUAAAGAUUACCAAGGCUUGUUCCACUUGACGAAGCUGAGUACCGUCUAUUCAAUUACACCAUUUGUGCCUCCAAGCCUGGACUUGGCAUUCAAAUUGAGAAGGAAAAAGUUUAACAUUGAGAAACUCCACUUGCCGCCAGAAUUGGAAGAAACCAGUGAAAGAGAACAGGACGACAUCACUGCUAAUCCUCAAAUCGCAUGUGGAGGAUUCAAGAAAAAAGAUAUAGAGUUUUAAGUACACAUUAUUAUGAAAAUUAUUAUAUUACUUGAAAUAUAUUUUUAAUAAUA